GGUCACGUGAGAAGCUGCGGACUGUGUUGCAGCAGCUGCAGCUCCGGUGCAGCAGCAGCAGCUCUUUACCUGCUCCCACCGCGCACCUGGGCCGCGCACCCGGGCCGUGCACGAGGCACCGUGCACGAGGACCGAGCACGAGCAUCGAGCACGCGGAUUCCUGCACGCACGAUGGAGGGAGGAGGAGGAAAGGUCCCCGGCAGCGGCUCCCCUCCCCCCCCUCCUAUGCGGGGCCGGGGGGGGGGCCCCCGAGGAGGGAAGAAGAAGCCGGUGCUGAAACUUUCCAAGGAAGUGUUUGAGCAGCCGGCACCAGCGGCAGCGCCUCCCAGAGAUCUGGACUCCAAGGCCUGCGUAACGAUCGGAGAAAAGAAGUGCGAGGUGAAGGCCGACGACCUGGAGCAGAUCUGUGAGCUGGGCCGGGGGGCGUACGGCGUGGUGGACAAGAUGAGACACGUCCCCAGCGGGCUGAUCAUGGCGGUGAAGAGGAUCCGGGCCACCGUCAACACGCAGGAGCAGAAGAGGCUGCUGAUGGACCUGGACAUCUCCAUGAGGACGGUGGACUGUUUCUACACCGUCACCUUCUACGGAGCGCUCUUCAGAGAGGGCGACGUGUGGAUCUGCAUGGAGCUCAUGGACACGUCCCUGGACAAGUUCUACAAGCAGGUGAUCGAGAAGGGCCUGAACAUCCCCGAGGACAUCCUGGGCAAGAUGGCCGUCUCGAUAGUUAAAGCUCUGGAGCAUCUGCACAGCAACCUGCAGGUCAUUCACAGAGACGUGAAGCCCUCCAACGUGCUGAUCAACACCCAGGGCCAGGUGAAGAUGUGCGACUUCGGCAUCAGCGGCUACCUGGUGGACUCGGUGGCCAAGACGCUGGACGCCGGCUGCAAGCCCUACAUGGCGCCCGAGAGAAUCAACCCGGAGACGAACCAGAAGGGCUACAACGUGAAGUCCGACAUCUGGAGUUUAGGAAUCACCAUGAUCGAGCUGGCCAUCCUGCGUUUCCCGUACGACUCGUGGGGGACUCCGUUCCAGCAGCUGAAGCAGGUGGUGGAGGAGCCGUCGCCGCAGCUUCCUGCAGAACAGUUCUCCGCCAUGUUCGUGGACUUCACGUCUCUGUGCUUAAAGAAAGUUUCCAACGAGCGACCGGCGUACACAGAUCUAAUGCAACAUCCCUUCUUCACGUCUCACGAGGCCAAAGAGACGGACGUGGCGAGUUUCGUGAAGGUGAUUCUGGGGGACUGAGCUCCGCGCUGGAGGGGGGGAUGAGGAGGAGGAGGAGAAGAGAGGAAGAGAAGAAAACCCACAAAGAAAAAGGUUCUGGUUCCUGGUUCCUGGUUCCCCCUCCAGAGGGAGCCAGAGCCCAGAAGAUGAAGCAGAACUUUGUAUGCAAACAUCUCCUCGUCUGAUGGAAUCAGCUCUGGUCCUGGU